AGUUCCUUUCGUUCCUUUACAUCUUGUUGGGUUUUUCCGGACGAUAACUGAGCAUCGAUUGAUUUUUUGUCCGUGUAUUUAUAGGCCAGGAUACGCUUUGAGACUAUAUGUAAGUGUUGCUCUCAGAAAUUGCAAGGACCUGUCGAGUUUAGAAGCAUUGACACAAUUUGCAUACGGCCCGCUGAAGCCGCGGGUCGCGCGGUUCGAACUUUUAAAACCGCUCGAGCCAUCUAGCACCGCGAGUCAAAGGAUGCGGAAGUUAAUAUUUCACACUUAAUCCUCUCUGCGAUUUGACAAAUGGAUUCAACAAACCAGGUUCUGAACCUUAAUGACUAUGAUAAACUGUACCUGUUGAUGUGCAAAUGGAGAAUUAUUCGGCUUUUCAACCCACUGUGUUAUGCUGCUGAUGUAACAAGUGUUGAAGACCUUGAAAAGAAAGUGAGGACAAACCUGGAUGAUGUAAGACAAAAGCUGCCAGCGUGGUCACAAUCUCAGUCUUUUAAGGAAGAUUUAGAAACUAUUAAAAACUUGAUUGAAGAUUCAAAGACUGUGAGAUAUGAAAAUUUGCCAUCACUUCUGGGUAUUGAAAGAAAUAACUAUAAAGAGGAGUUAGGAGAUGCAGGAGUCCAGAUGAUACAAAAGAAACAGCUAUUUUUACGAAAAAAAAUAGCUCUUGGUCGUCCAUAUUCUGGUGAUGUUUACAAUGCCCAGUGGAUGCAAGGUCAUAACAUGGUUGAUGUUGUUGUACGGUUUGACUUGGGCCCAACACAGCGAGAGUUGUUCAUUAGAGAAGCUAAAAUAAUGACAGGUCUCCAUCACGACUAUAUCAUGAAGUUUUAUGGUGCUGUUAUUUUGGGCUCAUAUACAGACUCUGUGGGAUUGGUGGUUGAAUUUUUCAACAAAGGUCAUUUGGAGGAGUUUCAUGUUCCAUCUCUCUUCCAUGCCUGGCUCUAUGCAUCACAGCUCUCUUCAGCUCUGGAAUAUUUGGAGUCCAAACAUCUUGUACAUACAUCUGUAGCAGAGCCUUUUGUUUACAUCUCAUCUCUUGAAAAGAUCAGCCUUGGUGGUUUCAUGUGCUGCUAUUAUGAAGAAGAAAUUAAUAAGGCUAAACAAGAGGUCAGAGAGGGUCAGCGUGGUAAUUUACUACUGUCAACAAUAACUGGUCAUCAGGGUCAUCGUUUGGAUGACCUGUCUGUUAAAGGAGUGGUUGCCUUGUUCUCUCAUGUAGUUUUGUCAAUGUUCAGAUACCUUGACUCCCAUCAAUCAGGCCGACUAGUAAACCUUUUUCAGGGUGAUAGAAAGCAGUCUCUUGUGUGUCCAUGUGGUGUUGCUUCACUUCUAGAGAGAUGUCAAAUAAAGGAUUUUAGUAAAAGACCAACAUUCCAUGACAUAGUUCAGACUCUUGCCAAGGAAAGACCAGAAAAGUUCUGUUUUACAACAAGCAAUUCCUCUGCAGAACCUUGUGAGCUUUCAUAUGACAAAGGAGAGAAACUUUGGGUGAUAUUACAGGAUGCAACGAGAUAUCAUGGUAUGUGGUUUGGUCAAAAGGAGAAUGGGACUGCAGGAUUUUUUGAUGGCGACAAAGUAAUACCAAUAGAUGAUGAUAAUCAAGUACCACAUGAAAUAAGAGCCCGCGGAAAUGAAGCACAACUUGCAUACAACCUUGCUCUCUUGGAAGGAAAGAUCAAAGUGUGCCGUGCUCGAUUGCUGAUCAUUGGCCAGGACAGGGCAGGAAAAACAAGCCUGAAAAAUUCACUAAUGGGUUUACCCUUUAAUCCUGAUGAACCAAGCACUGAAGGUUUGGAAGUGAAUUCAUCAAAACUGGAAGUCAAUGUUGAGCAGGUAGUUGAAUGGAAGGUUGUGAGUAAAGAAAACAAGGAAGUGGAACAAGCUACACCGCAGAAUAGAUGUAUUGCUAGAUUGGUUGCUAGUCAUAUGAUGGAGAAGAAGGAGACAAAACCAAAGCAAACUUUGCCUCCUGAGAAGAAAGAAAUGCAGGAGGAAAAAGAGAUGCCACAAGAACAACUGAGUGGGUUUCAUUUCACCACAACUCCUCCAGCAUCCAAUCACACUCAAGAAUCCACAAAAGCUUUUGUACUAGACUUAGUUGAUGGAUCCCAAGAAAAACCAGCUCUGAAACCAAAAGUUGAUAUGCCAGAUGAAUUAACCCCGCUUGUAAUAGAGUGCCUUAAAAAUUCAGAGGAAAGCAAUGAGAACAGUUCUACAGAAACUGUUCUGGACAUCUGGGACUUCGCGGGUCAGCAUUUGUAUUAUGCGACACAUCCCUUAUUCUUCUGCCACAGAGCCAUCUAUCUUCUUGUUCAUAACCUGGAGAAAAAACCAAAUGACCUCGCAGAGCCAUCAUUUAAGCAUGGAGACCAAGAAUUACCUCUGAAGAACACAUCAAAUGAAACAAACUUAGACAUGCUUCUGUCAUGGUUGGUCUCAGUCCACAGCAUUUGCAGGCCCCCAGUGGAGCAUGAUGUUGAAGAAUUGUUUAAGUCAAAGGUGCGCUGCCUUCCCCCACCUGUGCUUGUGGUGGGAACACACGCUGAUAAGGUUUCACCCAGAGAAAUCCAACAAGUUGAAGAUGAGAUCAGUAGUAGCCUUAAAGGUAAAGCCUACCAUGAACAUGUACUGUCUCCUUUUUACAGAGUAGAUAACAGGCAGUCAUCAAAAUCACCUGAGAUUCAACAGAUCCAAAAAAGAGUACAACAGAUCUUGUCAUCUGGGUUGAUUUCAACUGCAGACCUUCCUGUGAAGUGGUUCAAUUUUGAAAAAGCUCUAAAGAAUCUAACAGCAGGUGGAACCUUCUUCUUGACCAGAGAGGAAAUCUACACAGUUGCACAGAAAGAAUGCUUCAUCACAGACAAUGAUCAGCUAGACACCAUGUUAAACUACUUCCAUGACCUCGGUCUGAUUGUGCAAUUCACAGAUGUAGUAGUUCUGGAUACACAGUGGCUGGCCAAUCUCUUCAAAAAGCUGAUCUCCACUUGCCCUGAUCAAGAACAGGAUCCUGUCGAUCGUAAGUUAUGGCAGGACCUUCAAAAGACUGGAGUCUUGCAAAAGGAGCUCAUUGACAAAGUGUUUGAAGAUUUGGAAGGGGGUAGAUACAAGCCUUUGCAACAAAGUGUCCUAGAGAUGAUGGAAAAAUUUAGCUUUUUGGCAAAAUUUCAACAUGAAGAAGAACCAAACCAACAGCAGAACAUUUCCUGUAAGGGAAAAAUCAUCAAAUACUUUGUUCCAGCUCAACUGCGUGUAUCAGAUCCUACCUUGCAGAAAUUGAUGCCAAAAGAGGGUGAUCCAUGUGCUCUCAUAUACAAGUUCUGUGAUGGGUUUAUUCCACAUGGCUUGUUCCCUCAGCUUGUCUCACGCCUUAUCACACUUUGUCCUAUGUUGGAUUGCACCAUACCCCCAAACUUGUACUGCGAUGCUGCUCACUUCUUUUUAGGGAAGAAUGGUCAAUAUGACCUUGUUCUUCUUUGUAGCAAGUGUUGCAUUAAGUUGGUAUUUAAGGGGUACAACUGUCACAUGUCCAGUGAAAGUCUUGAAAAUGAAAAGAGUAGAGCUUGCCAAGUGAGAACCUUCAUUGAAGAUGAAUUAAAAAGCUUAUCUGGGCAGUGGCAUUGGCUGAGAAAUGCACGCUAUGAAGUUUGUGUAACUUGCUAUGCUUGUGAAACUUCUGAUGCAGAGUGUAAUCGGCAUCAAUCGGCAUCAUGUUUGGAUCAGGACUGUCUUCAUUUUUUACCCAUUCCUUCUGAAGUGGAUUCAAAAACACUUUUUACAUGUCCAGAACAAGUAGGGGACCACUCUAGGUUCAUUGUUAGAAAUCUUCACCUUUGGUACAGCAGCAGUGAGAAUAACCCUCCAGAAAGUCCUCAACUAGCAAGGAUAGAAGAUGUAGACUUUGUACACUUAGCCAAAGAAAUUGUUGGUGUGUGGAAGAGAAUCGCACGACUUUUGCACAUUCAGGAAGCAACCAUUACUCAACUUGAGCACGACAAUAAAGAUGAUGUCUAUGAACAAAGCUAUAAGAUGUUGACAGCAUGGAAGAACAGACAGAAUAAUUUAGAUGCACCAUGUGAACAGUUAAAAAUUGCUUUGUGUGACGAUUUAGUCGAGAAAAAUAGCAUAGCCCAACAGUAUUGUUACCAGCCUAAAACCUAAUGUCAGAUUAAUCAGGUGUGUGAUUCAUCUCAAGCCUAUAUUUCUUGUAGGAAUGAAUGUUAAAAUAAUUAUUAUUAAAUAGCUUUACAUAGUACCUAUCAUCUAGACCCACAUCAUAAUAUUUGAUAUAUGCAAUUGAAUUUAUUUGUUGAAUAAUUUCCAUCCUUUAGUUAUCCUGAAGUUGUGAAGAGGCAUAUUAUGGUAUAUUAUGUAUGUCUCGGAUGUAUGAUCAUCGUAAUGAACAAAAAUUUAAGUUUUGUUUGAUUGAGAACUGUACUAAACUAUAACAAAUUUUUUAUGUGAUCUGCCCCAGAAUUUGUUCUGAAUAUUAUUUGUUUCUCAUUUCCAAGAAAGAUUAGCAAAGAAACAAGAGCAGAAGAAAGGUUGGCUCUACUCGAGAAAAUUUUUCAUUGUUGGUGUUCAAUACCAUUAGUUAAGCAGGCAAUAGGCCAUUUUACAGUUGUUUACUUAGUUGCCAAGCCUUUGAUUUGGAGUGAGGCUGAAGGUGACCUUGUUGUGAUAGAGACCAGUAUCCAAGUAGCAUUUGAAAAGCAGCAAGGUUUGUAUCAUAACAUGGUCACCCUUUGCCUCAUUCCUGUUGAAAGGCUUGGCAACCAAGCACACAACUGUAAAAUGGACUGUUGAGGAAAUUUUUGUCUCUGAGGAGAAAAGUUCCUUACACAAUUUAGUUGAUAAUUUGAAGGCUCUAUUCCCUGGCCAGAGGGAAUGGCAGAUUAUUUAACCUUUUCUAAGAAAACAAAAUCAUGCAAAC